GUGGAAAUGCGUGUUGAAAUGGGUGCAUCUGUUGCUUCGAAAACAUCAACAAUCGUGCAGUAUAAUAUAAUGUAGUCAAAUAUGUCGGUAUCUUGUCGAAAUUAUGCGGAAUUUCUGUCCGCGACCAUGGUCGAUUUUUCGUAUCGAAUGGCGGAAGAGGUUAAGCCUCCGUUUCUUUCCGAAUUCGCGAAUAAACUGCACCAUGAUUGGUUAAAAUCGAAGAAUCCAGAGGUUAUUAUGAAGUACGAGCAAUCAGAAGAUGUGUUGAUUAUCCCGGAUAAAAGUCUUUAUUGCCAAUCAACCGAUAAGCAUGUGAUUUUCAAUUGGAAUUUUAAGAUUUUUGCCAAUGGUAAACGGUUGCAAAGAGUAGUAUUAAUGUUGGAUCAAAAUCGCAAGAAUUUUGACCUGAAAUCGGUUAAGCAUAACGGUGCAACUAUUGGAUUUACGAACAGUCAAGAAUGGUACAAUCCAGACCUGAGGAAUAAACAUGGAAGUGGAAAUGCAACAGAGAAAUUGUUGUAUCAUGUCAAAAUUGGUUUUGUUGCAAGUAAAUAUGGCACGUACCGCCAGAAUGUGGUUUUCUACUUUGGAGAGUAUCCAGUGAUAUUUCAGAGAAUUUGCAUGGACUGUUUACCAGCCGAAGAUUCCUCCAGGAUCAAUAAAGCAACAAACUAUCAGUUUUCUCAGAACCCAAAAACAUGGAAUAAUAAGAAAUAUCAAAUUUGUUGGUUCGAGUCACCUUUUGUAUCUGCGAAAGACAAAAAGGAAGAUCAACUGUCCAUGAUCUAUCCGUAUCCUGAUAAAAGUAAUUUCUCCUUGACUCAAGAGUCUCUCACUGAUAAUCGUUUGACACCAGAAAAUUAUAGAGGUCGUCUUCAUGAAUUGAUCACUAUAGAAGAGCUGGCUAGACACGAACAGAUAGCUAGAUAUAAUGAGACCUCGUACAUGCGUCUUUUAAGUCACUAUGUUUUGGCUUCUGUAGGCGAUGGAUCCACCAUUGGCAAAUAUGCACCGCAUGGUGAACUCUUUGCUCAGCUGCCGCUAAGCCGCAGUAUCUCAGAAGAUACGAAAAGCGGCAGGCUGUUCCUGAGAGGUUGCAAUAAAGUGCUCUUCAAGAGUUUAUCGCAUACCUCGAGUACGAUAUUCGAAGCGCACAUAGAGGACAAGUAUAUGCAGACCGUGUACGUUAGAUUGUCGAAAAAGUGCGUGCAUAUGUUGAACUUGGUGGCUGAUACGGAUAUGCACGUGCAAGUGCAAUUCCUAUUGAAUCGUUUACCAUUCUGCGAAUGGCACAAGUCGGUGGACAGUUUGCCCGAUAUAGGGCUAGUUUUUCUAAACAAAAUUUACGUGGAUAUGAAGGAAACCGAUAUAUUGGAUGUGGAAUGCAAGAACGUGGUCAGCUUGCUAAACACGAAGCAGAAGAAAGCUUUAUCGGCGAUAACAUAUCCCACUGACUUUUUGAUGCCACCGAUCUUGUUAUUAGGCCCAUUUGGCACCGGGAAAACAUUCACCAUUUCGCAGGCUAUUAGAGUCUUACUCACCGAGUGUACCCAGUCCAAGAUUUUACUUUGCACGCACAGCAACAGCGCAGCGGAUCUCUACGUGAAGGAAUUCUUCGACGUUUGGUACAAAUUCGAAAAGAAUCCACGACUCAAACCGAUCAGAAUUUACUACGAAGGUAGAGCCAGGAAUACGGUCCAUCCAGUGGUUCAGGGGUAUAGUCUGAUGAAAGAGAACGGUACCUUUCGCACGCCGAUCGAGGAUGACCUGAAAGAUUGUGGUCUGAUCGUGACCACCUUAGCCAUGUCUAGCUCUCUAACCAGUUUCCAUCUGUCGUUCACGCACAUAAUAAUCGACGAGGCUGCCCAAGCAUUAGAAUGCGAAGUUCUGACUCCGUUGGCCCUAGCUACUCCACGAACUCGCUUGGUUCUCGCUGGUGACCAGAUGCAACUUGCACCAGAAAUAUACAGCGAUCUGGCUAGCGAACGGGGCCUGGGUGUAAGUCUGUUAGAAAGAAUCUAUGGGACAUACCCGAAAACGCAUCCCUGCAGGAUCCACUUGCACCAGAGUUACCGUGCUCACGAGGACAUCACUAGGUUCACCUCUGAGAUGUUCUACGAUGGGAUCGUGAAACCCGUUGGCGAAAUGGUACACCACCCAGUGUUAAAACCUUUGACUUUUUACGCCGUUCAGAGCAUGGAAGUGCAGGACAUGCAGUCGACAGGUUACGCGAACAUCAGCGAGGUGUACGAGCUGGUGAACCGCGUGCAGGAGCUUCGGAACAACUGGCCCACGAGUUGCUGGGGUUCCUACAACGAGAAGUCGAUCGGCGUCCUCGUCUCGUACGCGGAACAGCUGCAGAGGAUCCGAGCUGAGCUGCGGAGCCGUGGGAUGAUGGAGGUGUCGGUCGAGAGGGUGCUGAACGUCCAAGGGAGACAAUUCACCGCCGUGUUCAUCAGCACCGUGCGCACCAGACACUGCUGCCGGUACUCCGCGGAGAGAAAUGUCAAAGACUAUGGCUUCUUGACAAAUCCCAGACUUCUGAACACUGCCAUGACACGGGCCAAGUGUCUGAUGGCCGUAGUCGGUGAUCCCGUGGCCUUGCUCACCAUCGGCUCCUGCAGGAAGCUCUGGCAGAGGUACCUGGAGAUGGCUGAUCUGCACGGCAUCAACCGGGAAACUUUGAAGUACCAUCUCAGCCUGGUGCCCAAUCUUCCGUUGAUCACUCCGCUGAAUCCCUUGGCCACGGAGUUCGUACCCAGGAACAACUUCUGUAUGGUGGAGUACGUGCCGGUUCCCAUAAUGUACCCGGUGUUCCAUUGGACAGACUAGGCACUCGUACCAUCGGCGCAGUGGUCCAGAUAGCGGCGUUUCGUCACCGAAAGCGGAACAUCUUUUAUGGCGAUGGUUUUCGACAAGCAUUCUUUUAUCGUCAUAUAUCUUGGACAUUCGCACUGAUAAACUUUUAGAGAAUGAUGUUAUCGACGAUAAUGAAUUUCAGUUUGUUUCGAUGAAGCUGGAUUAUUGUAUAGAGAGUAGAAUUUGUGUACGAAACUCAGGAAAUCUUCGUGUCCGUUAUUUUUAAUAAAAAUUUAUCAUCACUAAAUCGAUCUCGAUUAUUCAUAGCUGUACGAAGGGAACACGAAGGAAAACGUUAUUCCAUGUUGGCGAAUCGAAGCGGCGGUGUACGGCUAGAAGUAGGAGUAAAGAUCACUAACGGAUAUAAACGUGCGUACUAAGAAAGUACUAGGGAUACUAGUUCCGAAUUGUUCGAGUAUGUAACUAGCAAGUUAGCUUCGCGCUCUUCGUCCUCGUCGGAAUAGCAUUCCUCAUCGAGCGAUUUUCUAAAAUCUGUAUCGGAUACGUAGACUUCGAUGACAUUGCAGCGCAUAAUAAACUUAGUAUACUUGGACAGGAAAUUGAAGUCUCUUCGACCGCUGUUUCAAUUUUUUUUUCACAAACUUAGCCACGAAGCAAGUGGGUCUCGUGUUUCCAUGAAGCUCUAUCGUAAUACACCUUGUAAAUUAUUUCUACGACUAUGUUUGCGAAAUCGUUCGUCGUGUCUGUAAAAAUUAAUUUCUCGAUUUCGAAUAUCGAUUUAUGUAUAUAUGUCAUUGUAAAAUCCAUACGAAAUUGUGAUUUAUAUAUUCGACAAGAAUUCCGGGAAUUUUCGUUUGAAGAAGCCUCGAGUUUGACAGUUUCGAAGAUCUUUUCAAGGUUCAAAUGAUCGUGAGACAGAGAGUAUUUUUAUAUCGAU